AGAGGCAUUUAACAAAAAUAUAUAUACAGAUGUAUAUAGAGAUUAUCUUUCAACUGUAUUAAGAAUGUUAAAGUAACUACAGUUAAUCACUCCCCGCUUAAUCCUCCGUCGACAGCGUGACCACUGUUCUCAGACGACCAGGUUUUUUAGAUUUAAAGACAAACAAAAGCACUGGAAGAAGAGGAGAGAGUUGCUUGUUUGAUUCGAAAAUGUCCCAAUAUGAGAGUUCUCCAUCAAAUCCAUUCAUAUAUCCUUACUCGAGAUUUACCUAUCUCGACUCUAAGCUUUUGUCUCUCGAAAGUUAUAUCCUUUUGUGCUCUUUCCCCACUCGGCAACAUCCUAUACGCUGAAAAACUGCUAUAUCAAACCCCAAGCCCCAACAUUUUCUCGUGGAAUUCCGUCAUUAAAGGUUUCUCCCAAUCCCAAAUCUUAUCUCCAACACAACCCUUUUCCAUUUUCAAAACUUUAAUCCGUAAAGGCCACCCAAACCCCAAUACUUUCACUUUUGCCUUCGUUUUAAAAGCCUGCGCUACAUUGCCUGCUUUUCUAGAAGGCCAGCAGGUUCAUUCUUGUGUCAUUCGAUCUGGGUUUUGUUCAAGUUCGUUCUUGCAGUCGUCUUUGGUUAAUUUCUAUGCGAAAUGUGAGAAGAUUGAAUUUGCACGGAGAGUGUUUGAUGACAUGCAGGAGAGGAAUAUGGUUGUUUGGAGUACAAUGAUUGGUGGAUAUACGAAAGUUGAUAUGUUUAAUGAGGCAUUGGAUUUGUUUGGGGAUAUGCAGAAGGCGGGUGUUGUUGCUGAUGAAGUGACAAUGGCUAGUGUGGUCUCUGCUUGUGGUGGGUUGGGCGCGCUUGAUGUUGGUAGGUGGGUACAUAUGUAUAUUAAGAAGCGAAAGAUUGUGAUGGAUACUAAGCUCAGUACUUCACUUAUUAAUAUGUAUGCAAAAUGUGGGAGUAUAGAAAAAGCUAAAGAAGUUUUUGGUGAAAUGUCUGCUAAAGAUUCAAGAGCUUGGAGUUCAAUGAUUGUGGGGUUUGCGAUUCAUGGGCAUGCUGAUGAUGCUGUGAGUGUAUUUGCUGAUAUGGAAAAAUCCAAGGUGAAACCAAAUCAUGUAGCAUUUCUUGGUGUGUUACUAGCAUGUGCGCAUGCUCAGCUAGUCUCGGAGGGGCGAAGACAUUGGGAUAUCUUGCUCAAGUCUGGAAUUCAACCAUCAAUGGAGCAUUACAGUUGCAUGGUUGAUUUAUUUUUCCGUGCCAACUUAUUUGAUGAAGCUUGCACAUUCAUCAAAAACAUGCCCGUUGACCCUGACCCUGCAAUCUGGAGGACUUUUCUUGUUGCAUGCAAAAAAAGCAAGAACAUGGAGAAAGGAGAAUUAGCUGGUCAAAGACUACUCGAAUUAGAACCAUCUAACCCAGAAAACUAUGUUUUGUUGUCGAGCUUUUAUGCAACUUGUUCAGAAUGGUCUAAAAUGGGUCAUAUCAAGAAACAAAUGAGAGACAAGGGGUUAAAAACUGUACCAGGGUGUAGCUCCAUAGAAAUUGAUGGGGUUAUACACGAGUUUGUGUUAGGGGACUGGUCUCACCCCGAGUUAAAUGAGAUAAGGGAAGUACUGAGCAAUAUUGUAAAACGUGUGAACUCUAUGGGCCAUAUACCAAAUGUCUCGGAAGUUCUACAUGAUAUAAGCCAUGAAUUGAAGGAAGAAGCUCUUUGUGAGCAUAGUGAAAGAUUAGCCAUUGCUUAUGGAAUUUUGAAGACUAAAGCGCCCGUCGUUAUUAGAGUAGUGAAAAACCUUAGAGUUUGUGGGGAUUGCCAUGAUGUGACGAAAAUUAUCAGCAGGUUAUAUGAGCGAGAGAUUGUUGUUAGGGAUAGAGUUCGGUUUCAUAGAUUUGUUGGUGGUACUUGUUCUUGCAAAGACAAUUGGUGAACUAAUUAUAUCUUUUUGUACCUUAUUUUCGAAACCUUAACUAGUUAACUUUUCAAAUGCUUUUUUAGCCCUCGGAAAUUAUUUAUUUUUAUA